CGAGUCCACACCCACAGCCUGAUGGGUUAUGCCCAGCCUAGUGUCAUAAGUAGUCAUGCAUGUUGCCAUUCUAAGCUCGGUGAUCGAACUCCAGAAAAGUCACUGUAUACCAAGAAAUUUAAUGGCGUAGCAUUUUCUCGUCAAUAGCUUUUUGUACCUCGCCUCCCUUCUUUCUCCUCUACAUUUCUUUAUGCCUUCGACAACCGAUGGAUGGUCAAGAUCCCUAGAUGGCUCUCACCACGUAUUCACCGCCCAUGAAUUUGAAAUACCCGAUAAUGAUGACCGUCAAUACCGCCUUAUACGUUUACCUAAUCAACUGGAGGCAUUAUUAAUUCACGAUGCCAAUACUGACAAAGCGAGUGCAGCCCUCGAUGUUCACGUUGGUAAUCUCAGCGAUCCUGAUCAUCUAGAGGGCUUGGCUCAUUUCUGUGAGCACUUGCUGUUUAUGGGUACCAGUAAAUAUCCCAAAGAGAACGACUACUUUCAGUACUGCUCAGAGCACACCGGCCACUCCAACGCCUACACGGAUUCAGAGCACACCAAUUUCUAUUUCGAAGUCGGUGCCGAUUACCUACAAGGAGCGCUUGAUCGAUUUGCUCAAUUCUUCAUCAGCCCGCUGUUUAGUGAGAGUUGUACUGAGCGUGAAUUAAAAGCAGUUGAUUCAGAGCACAAGAAAAAUUUGCAAACCGAUGGGUGGCGCUUACAUGAAUUAGAAAAGAGUUUAACAAACCCCAAUCAUCCAUAUAGCAAAUUUGGUACGGGUAAUCUACAUACUCUGAAAUACAAUCCAGAAAAGCUCGGCGUGAAUAUCCGUGACGAAUUACUGCGCUUCCAUGACACCUAUUAUUCAUCAAAUAUUAUGAAAUUGUGCGUGUUAGGAAAAGAGUCUCUGGAUGAACUUGCCGAGUGGGUCCUGGAUAAAUUUCAACAUGUACCGAAUAAGAACAUACAACCGCCAAUAUUCGAAGGUCAUCCCUUGACAGAAAAGGAACUUAUGAAACAAGUGUAUGUCAUGCCUGUCAAGGACUAUCGGUGCCUGGACUUGACAUUUCCUUUCCCAUAUCAGCAGCCAUACUUUCGGAUUCAACCUGGACACUACCUCUCUCAUCUGAUCGGGCAUGAAGGCGCAGGGUCCAUUUUAUGCUACCUAAAGCAAAAGGGUUGGGCAAAUUAUCUUAGUUCUGGUCCAGUAGAAGGUGGCAUUAAUUUCGACUUUUUCAAAGUGAGCAUCGAUUUGACUGAGGAUGGUUUGGCUCAUUAUGAAGAUGUGGUAGCCACCGUAUUUCAGUAUAUUCAUAUGCUGAAGAGAACUGGUGUACAAGAAAACAUCUUUCGUGAAGUGCAGUCACUCGCCCGACUUUCUUUCAAGUUCAGGGAAAACUUCUCCCCGUCACAAUAUACAUCUCUGCUGGUUGAACAAAUGCAUCAAAAUUAUCCAAGAGAAUGGGUUAUUAGUGCAUCAAGCCUGAUACGAGAGUAUGACGCCGGUUUAAUUCAAGAUCAUUUGGCUUGGCUAGAUGAAAAUGCCUUUCGCUUAACGUUGACGACAAGAAACCCUCCCAAAGGCAUUGAACUUACAAAAAGAGAACAGUGGUACGAAACAGAGUAUGAAGAAAUGCCUAUGCAGCAGUCAAUCAUUGAUGCAAUUCGUAUGGUAUCGCCCAUCGAAGAACUUCAUUACCCAGGCAUUAAUGAAUUCAUUCCAACCAUUUUUGAAACAAACAGACGCCAAAUUGAUACGAAGCAAAAGAAACCAGAACUGAUUAAGGACACCCCAACGAUAAGACUGUGGCAUAAGAAAGACGACACAUUUUGGGUACCUCGCACAAAUAUGUGGAUAUUAUUAAGGAAUCCAUCAGCAGACGUUUCACCAGCCAACAGUGUCAAAACAAAACUGUAUACUGAGCUCCUGGUCGAUUCAUUAAAUGUGUAUUCCUAUGAUGCCGAAGUGGCUGGUCUACUCUACUACGUUGAUGAACAUUCUGGAGGCAUACUGCUUGAUAUCGGAGGCUACAAUCAAAAGUUGCCUUUGCUUCUAAGAAAAGUUCUAAUGCAAAUGAGGAACUUUACGGUAGAGCCAAGUCGGUUCAAGCUUAUUAAGGAGCAGCUUAUCCGAUCCUACAAGAAUUUUGCACUGGAGCCGCCUUAUCAGCUCGCUUUAUUUUACCUAUCCCAUAUCACCCAUGAACGAUUAUGGACGGCAGAAGAGAAAUUGCUUGAACUGGAAUCUAUUACGUCUCAAGAUAUUCAGGAUUAUUAUCCAACUCUAUUGUCUGAUCUCUUUAUAGAAGUACUAGUUCAUGGAAAUGCUUUUGCAAACGAAGCAAUUGGAAUGACUGACAUGAUUGAGAGCAUACUCAAACCUCGCGCUCUUUCACCCAGCCAAUUGUCACAGCCGCGGACACUAAACCUGCCAGAAGGCAGUCGAUACGUUUUUACUAGUAAAUUAAUGGAUGAGAGCAAUGUUAAUUCUGCAAUCGAAUACUUUAUACAAAUUUGCGAAGCAACCGACAUUCCAUCUAGAGCUCGACUCAGCUUGGUAGCUCAGAUUAUGCAAGAACCUUGCUUUGAUCAGCUUCGAACCAAGGAACAGCUAGGUUACCUGGUUUUCAGCGGAAUACGCAAACAAAUUGCAAAUAUGGGCCUGCGUUUUAUUAUUCAAAGCGAGAAAGACACAAUUUACUUGGAAAAUCGCAUUGAGGAAUUCCUUGACUCGUUGAAAACCAUUAUUGAAAACCUCUCUGAAAAAGAAUACCAGGCACAAGUGAACUCUCUCAUUGCUGACAAACUGGAAAAGGAUAAGAAUUUGGGACAAGAAGGUAUCCGAUACUGGUCUGAGAUUCAGUAUGGCACAUAUGACUUUGGACAAGUUGACGAAGAUGUAGUGGAACUACGAACGAUCAGCAAAGCAUCCUUACUGGAAUUUUUUAACACUUAUGUCCAUUAUUCAUCGCCCAUAGUUCGCAAAAUCUCGACCCACAUCCAGUCGCAGAAGCAACCUGUUAAUAUCAAACCCAAGAUCAAUAUCGAGUCGCUUUAUGUAUGUCUCAAUUCGCAAGGCGUCACCAAAUACAAUCUAAGUGACCUUGAGACUACGGUUCAAAGUUGUGAAAGCGGAGCACCUACCGAGGAUGUGCUCCGAAAGUUGCUGAAAGAUGAAACCAAAGCAAAUGAGAACGAAAUUGAAAUGCUCAUAUCCAAAUUGGUGAGCAUCCUGAAAAUAGACUCUACCGGCAGCAGUGGAACACUCGUUAGUGUGACUCCACCUACAGGCAACGGACAAAUUAAUCCUUCGGUAGCUACUACAAACCGAGACCACACACAGUUGCCAGCCGGCAACACUGAAAUAGACGAUUUUACUUUACGGUCGUUAAAGGCCCGAAUGAAUUAACGGCUAUAUGCCUAACCGAAUUAGCCCCCCGCCGAGAGUAUUUGAACGGGGGGAGGCACUGCUGUUUCAAUUCAACUUGUAAUCCAAUUCCCCCCAAUGUCCACAAAACUUGGUAAUGUCCUGCACUAGAAGCACCCAAUGACUUUGUUAGACAUUGCUUAUAUUUAUA